AUGGGCCCCUGUACCGCCUCCUCAUGCUGCUGCCAGGCCCGUAAUCUGCCAUGGGCCCCCGUACCGACUCCUCAUGCUGCUGCCAGGCCCGUAAUCUGUCAUGGGCCCCUGUACCGCCUCCUCAUGCUGCUGCCAGGUCCAGAGUGUGUCAUGGGUCCCUGUACGGCCUCCCAUUGCUGCUGUCUCCAUCUCCACACUCUGCCAUGUGCCACUUUCAGGUCUCCUCACACUGCUGGUGGGUUCCAUUUUUUCAUAGGGUGCUGUAUGGCCUCCCAUUGCUGCUGCCUCCACCACCACACUGUGGCUCCACACUCUGGUUUUGGCCCCGUGACUGCCCAAAUGAGUGAAGUGUGCGGUGAUUCUAAGAUCGACGGCACUCAUCUGCAUGUCAUACUGACUGACAGUAUUAUUUCUCUUCCCCAGCAGACUCCAAGGGCAUUUAAAUUAAAGGUACAGUGUUCUGCACUAAUAUAA